AUGUCUGCCUCUCCCGAGCGUGAAGCUGGCUCAGCCGUCGCCACCCCCGAUCGCGAGCCCGAAAAAGUCGCGACACCCGUUGCAGGCGACGGCGAAGAAGGCGACAAAGCCGCCGAACCCACCGCAGAUGAAGACGCCGAGGGCCAGGACGAGCAAGCGGGCGGAGACGAUGAUAUCUCAGAUGACGAAUCCAUUCUCUCCGAGGUCGACGAGGCACAGUUCGAGAACUUCGACCCGGAGAACGUCGAUGUCGAAGACCGCGCCCCAUUGGACGUCGAUGCGGACAACCUGAAGUUGAUCGGUCGUCACAAGCGCAAGCGCGCCGAGGGCGAGGAAGGCCGCCCGCGCCGCAAGGAGGGUCGUAGAGAGAAGAAGACCCGCCGCGCGCGCGAUGAUGAGGAUGCGGAGGAGGGUUCUUCAUCUCGGCCUCGUCAGCGGAAACAGAAGGAAAAGUCGCCCGAUACGGAUGAGGAGACACUGGAUCCCGAGACUCGUCGUCGCCGGGCUCUUGAUCGUGCCAUGGACGAAGCUAUGAAGAAGCCUACGAAGCGAAGGACCCGCAAGCAGGACGGAAUUGAUCUCGAGGCAAUGGCCGAUGCUGAAAUUGAGGAUAUGCGGAAGCGCAUGACUCACGCCGCGCAGAUGGAUGCCAUCAACCGCCAGGAGGGCAAGCCGGCCAUGCACAAGCUUAAGCUUCUACCGGAGGUGAUCAUGCUCCUUAACCGCAACCAGUACACCAACGCCCUGGUUGACCCGGAAAUCAACCUCUUGGAGGCCGUUCGAUUCUUCCUCGAGCCCUUGGACGAUGGUUCCAUGCCAGCUUACAACAUUCAGCGCGAUCUGUUGACCGCCCUGACGAAGCUUCCUAUCCAGAAGGAUGCCCUGAUCGCCAGCGGAAUCGGCAAGGUGGUCGUUUUCUACACCAAGAGCAAGCGCACGGAGCGGCGCAUCAAAGAGAUGGCGGAGAAGCUGCUGGCUGAGUGGACUCGCCCGAUCCUCCAACGCAGCGACGAUUACUCGAAGCGGGUGUUCCAGCAAGCCGACUUCGAUCCUACCAAAAUCACCAAGCGCGUCCAGACCCCCGCCGAAGUUGUCGCAGCCGAAGCUCGUGCGCGCGAAAUGCUGCCGCCCCGUCUUGCCAACCGUGCUCGUGUCGACCGCACCCAAGUCAGCUAUACCGUUGUUCCCCGACAGACUGCUGUGCAAGAGAGUCGGUUUGCCCGGCCUCUGGGUGCCAGCGGCGAGGAUCGUUUCCGUAAAAUGCAAGCCCGGCAAAAUGCGGCGCAGAAAGCAUCUCGUCGGUAA